CGGGAGAGGUGUGCUUGGCGUGCGUGAGGUGCCAGAGUGCCAGUGGCCUCGCACCCGUGGCGGGAAAAUACGAGUGGUGGCGAGAGACCGACCUUCUGCCAGCCGCCGCGCGCCGUCACCACCACAUACAGCAGCGAGGGAGAGACUCGAGGCAGCAGGUGAGACAGCAGGCGAGGCAGCAGGUGAAGCAGCAGGUGAGGCAGCAGGCGAGGCAGAAGACAAAGCAGGACAGGAUGCCGGGUCCCCAGAGAAGGAAGAGAUUCCACCGGGGAGACACACACCUCAAGAAGGGGUGGAGGACCAAGCGACGCACCAAGGACCUCGAUCAGAUUGAUGAUGAUCUUAAAGUUGAAAAUUCAGCCAAGUUAUUGCACCAAGAGGUAGAUGAUGAUAAGCCAGGCUCAGGACAGCACUACUGUCUUCAUUGUGCACGUUACUUCAUUAACAAAGAAGCUCUCAAGGGCCACUUCCGAACUAAAGUUCACAAGCGACGCCUUAAGGCCUUGGAAAUAGAGCCUUACACAAUUGAAGAAUCUGAGAGAGCAGGUGGCCUUGGGUUAUACGUUAAACCGAAGAAACGCAAGAUGGAAACACAGCCUCUUGAUGAAGAAACCUUUGAUCCAGAUACAGAAGAUGUUGAUAUGAAGUAACACACAUUAUAGUAUAGCUUUGUUAUUUCUUCGAUGCUAUGUACUGUACUGUUAUUUGGAAAAGCAUUAAACUUGACAAUUUAUAGAUUUUAUACAAGCUAUAGAUAGUGUAAGACAAAUAUAUGAUGAACUUCAAGACAAGAUGCAGUAACUAACAAGAGCUUGGAACUUUGACUUUAGUUUCUGUGCCUACUACCCCUAAUAAAGAAAGAAAUUGAAUGAAUACUUA